GCCAUUUCAGACCGGGACGGGCAGGGACGCGGAGCGGCCGCCGAGGCGGGGCGGGCAAGGGAGGCACCGGCGUGCUCCCGCGGCCCGCUGCAGCGCCGGGGCAGGCCUGCUAAAAAAUGACAGAAUACAAACUGGUGGUGGUUGGAGCUGGAGGUGUAGGCAAGAGCGCCCUGACGAUACAGCUCAUCCAGAACCACUUUGUGGAUGAGUAUGACCCCACCAUAGAGGACUCCUACAGGAAGCAGGUGGUCAUUGAUGGGGAGACCUGCCUGCUGGACAUCCUGGACACAGCAGGCCAGGAGGAGUACAGUGCCAUGAGGGACCAGUACAUGAGGACAGGAGAAGGCUUCCUCUGCGUCUUUGCCAUCAACAACACGAAGUCCUUUGAAGACAUUCACCAUUACAGGGAGCAGAUCAAGAGGGUGAAGGACUCGGAGGACGUCCCCAUGGUGCUGGUAGGCAACAAGUGCGACUUGCCGUCCAGAACGGUCGACACCAAGCAGGCGCAGGACCUGGCGCGGAGCUACGGCAUCCCCUUCAUCGAAACCUCGGCCAAGACGAGACAGGGGGUGGACGACGCCUUCUACACGCUGGUGCGGGAGAUCCGUAAGCACAAGGAGAAGCUGAGCAAGGAUGGGAAGAAGAAGAAGAAGAAGCCGAAGGCCAAGUGUGCAGUGAUGUAAAUACUGCCCUGCUGCCGGGGCCCUUUUGUACAUUACACUAAAUUAUUAGCACCUGGUUUAGCCUUCUCUCCUCUCUGCCUCCUGCUGCUCCCUGCUUGCCCCCAGUGCUUGUGCCCCGGGGGGCCCUGCUCCCCCCUCAAGUGCCAGUAUUCCCUGACCCCUUGGCCCUCGCCUGCACUGCCUGUGAGGGGCACCCCGGGCCUGAGGCCUCUGCUGGGGCUCUUUGGUGCAUGCACGGUUUCUAACUCCCUGGUGGUUUCCUGGCUGGUUGUGAGCCUGCUCUGUGUGCGGCAGCAAGCCCUGGGCCGGUGCUCCCCGGGCUCUGGGCUCGGUGUGGGGGUGACCUCUGGCUGGGCAGAGGGAGCCUCUGCCCCCCAGCCCCCCCUUGGCCCUAGGCUGCCUGCAAUAGAGACCAGAAGCCUUGAGAGUCUUCCUGUAGCUUUUUUUGCUCCUUGUCUUGUAGCAUUUCAGAUCAACUUGAAUGAAUGUAAAGAGACCUCCUCCCCCAGGCAGUGCUGCUGCAGCCUCUCCUGCCUGCUCCUCAAAGGCUCUAUUUUUUCUAGUAAAAAGGAAAAAAAAACAAUAAAAAAACUUCCCCCCCAAGCAGUCUGCAGAGGGAGCAGCCCCAGCCCUGGGGGGGUUGAGCUGCUCCUGUCCAUGCACUGCCUGAAGACUUCCCUGACCUCCUGAGGCUGCAGAGCCAAGGUACCACCCCAGCUCCCCUCACCCCCAACCCCCCAGCAGCUUUCUUCAGCAG